AUGACUGCCAACAACAAUAAUGAGAUAUCAUCAGACCUUUUGGUCGAGCAAAUAGGAUCCAUCACACUGUCCAACAACAACUCUGAUCAAGCCAUUGAUAUCAAGAUCGCCAGGAAGAUCCAAAGAAUGGAGAGAAAGGAGAUGAAGGAGAAGAACUGUGAGAAGAGGGUCAAGAAGAUCAAGAAUGAGGAGAACAAGAUGGACAAGACCGACAAGAAGGUCAGAGUCAAGAGGGAGAAGAAGCCCAAGAGUGAGGACAAGUUGGACAAGACGGACAAGAAGGUCAGAGUCAAGAAGGACAAGAAGAACAAGGACUCCCAGGAACAAAUAGUCCAAGAGGUGAUCACUGUUAUGAAGGAGCCAAUCAAGGACCUGAAGGAGGACCAGAUGGAUGACAAGAAGGAAGACAAGAAGAUGGACAAGAAGGACAAGAAGGACAAGAAGGACAAGAAGGACAAGAAGGACAAGAAGGACAAGAAGGUCAGAGUCAAGAAGUUGAAGUGGAAGAGAGAGAUCAAGAGAAUUGUGGCCGAACAUCCAGUCGGUACAUCUAUACCCAUUGCUGAGAUUAGGAGCAGACUACUUGAGGUUCAGAUGGCCAAAGUGGAGAAAGCCAUCAACAAGGCUGUCAACAAAAAGAUGUUCAAGGAUUCCAAGAGAUUCAUGAUCACUCCUCAAGGUGAUAUCAAGGUGCUUCCCAAGCGUACCCAAGACCAGUAG